AUGGAGUUCUCGGAGAGGAAGCGGAGCAGGAAAUCCCAGAGCUUCAAACUGCCCAGCCGAGAUUACCACCAUGAGGUGUAUAAGAUGUCAGAAUUCAACAGUGAUGUCAAUGGGGAGGCCAAAGAGACACAGUCCAUUUUCUUAGGAAGUGAAAGCAUGGAAAUUAAAAAACAAAUUACAGGAAUGAGAAGAUUGCUGAAUGACAGCACUGGGAGGAUCUAUCAACGUGUUGGCAAGGAAGGAGAAAAGUUAAAAGAAGAACCCCAGGAUUUGGACUCGGUCUGGCCUCAGCGUUUGAACUCCUCUGCUGAGGCCCCACCGAGCCUCCACCCUUCUCGGGGUGCUUGGAGUGAGUUCCCAGCCCAGAGCGGCCAGUUCUCAGGGCAGCCUGGCCCCCGCUCGAGAACCUUCCAGAGUCAGCCCCACACUGCUGGGAGCUCCAACGGAGAACUUCCAGUGGUAAAUUCAUCAGUUGGAUCAAACUGCUGCACUUGUAACUGCCAGUCAACAUUGCAGGCCAUUCUCCAAGAACUCAAGACCAUGCGGAAAUUAAUGCAAAUUCAAGCAGUUGGAACCCCAAACCGACAACAACCCCCAAUUUCCCUUGUAUGCUCCCAGCGAACUGCUGUCUCACGCAAGAGAAACAAAAAGAAAAAAGUGCCCCCAAAGACCGCUGAACUUCUUACUGUGAAGCAGAAGCCCAGUGUGGUAGAAACUGCGAAGAAGACAGGGGUGGCCUCAGAGCCGUUGGCCCCCCAGGCAGCUGAGCGCACCUCCUCGGGGGAGAACCACGUCCUAGGAUUUGGCAUUGUUCUGGAAUCGCCUUCCUCAGAUCCAGAAGUGCAACUUGCUGAAGGCUUUGAUGUGUUUAUGCCUAAAUCUCAGCUGGACUCUAUAUUGUCAAACUACACUCGCUCAGGAAGCCUUCUCUUUAGAAAACUGGUGUGUGCGUUUUUUGAUGACAAGACUUUGGCUAACUCCUUACCCAAUGGGAAGAGGAAAAGAGGACUCAAUGACAACCGGAAAGGACUAGACCAAAAUAUUGUGGGUGCAAUAAAAGUCUUCACAGAAAAAUACUGUACUGCUAAUCAUGUGGAUAAACUUCCUGGCCCGAGAGACUGGGUACAGAUUCUACAGGAUCAAAUUAAACUGGCCAGAAGAAGGUUAAAAAGAGGCUCAGAGGUAGCUGACGGUGAUGAAAGACUGGACAGCAUCUCUCUGCCACCAACAGGUAACAUAUUUGACACCAGGAGAGGAAACAAGGAAGACACAGAGCCAGAUUUCACUGCCUAG